AUGGCGCGCGCGUCCCGGCGCCCUAGCCCCCGCCCCCACGCCAGCCCCCGCCGCACUGCGGACCGAAGCCCGGACCGAAGCCUCGCGCCCCGCCGGGGCUCCCUGUCCUUCGGCCCCGCGCGCGCCCAGCGCCCCCGCCGCAGCCGGAGCCGCGCCCCGCGUCCGACACCCCCGGCGCGCCCGCGCAGCCCCACGCCCCGCGCCGGCCGCCGCUCCGCGCGCUCCAAGCUCCACCGCCGGCGACCCCCACCCGCACAAAGCCCGGAGCAGCAGCCCCCUGUCUCCCGGGGCAACCUCACGACGCUCGGCGGCGCGGCUGGGGGCGGGAGCCCAGUUCGAUCCUUGGGGCCACUCCUGGGGCCCGGAGCCCGGGGGAAGAAGGGCGAGCUGCCAGAGGCUGGAACGGAGCCGGGGGAAAGGAAGAGGCUGCUGUCCGCCUCCCCGGAGGGAGACUGGAGAGAGGACAACAAAUUAAAACGAGGAAUUUUCCAAGACUGGUCUCCUUCCCUCAAAUUAGACAAAUACAAAAUAGCGAAGCAACUGACAGAAAAGGCAAUCAAGGAGAAGAAGAUCUUCUGCAUCUACGGGCACUACCCCGUGAUCCGCGCCGCCCUGCGCAGGAAGGGCUGGGUGGAGAAGAAGUUGCACCUGCUGCCCCGGCUCACGGCCACACGUCUCCCGCGUGUGUCUGCAGAAGGCAAACGCACUGAAGGCAAAGAGAACCAGGACGUGGCCGUGGGGGAGACAGACGACAUCCACGACAUGAUGUCCAGGUUGGUGAGAAACGAGACGCCCUACUUCCUCUGGACGAUCAAGAAGGAUGCCGUCGACUACCACAGCCUGAGCGGCGACCAGGCGCUGAACCACUACGGGAAGACGGCGUCCUUCACCACCAAGAUCGGGCUGUGUCUGAACAUGAGGAACCUGCCGUGGUACGUCCAGGACAACCCCGAAACCUUCUUCCCGCGCUGCUACGGCCUCUGCUCGGACAGCGAGAAGCAAGAGUUCCUGGAUGACUUCCGGCGCACGGCGGCCUCCAGCAUCCUCAAGUGGGUGGUCAGCCAGCAGCACUGCUUCAGGGGCAAGGCCCAGAGCAGGAGGGCGGCGGGGGCGGCGGCGGCGGCGGCAGCCGGCGACAGUGACCCCAGCAGCCAGAAAGGUGCCGCAGCGGACGACCCGGGGCCCACGGGCCUGUCGGGGCAGCUGGUGGACACGGCGUGCCGCGUGUGCCAGGCGUACCUGGGGCAGCUGGAGCACGAAGACAUCGACGUCUCUGAGGACGCGGCCCAGGGCCUGACGGAGGAGGAGUGGCAGGAGCUGACCCGGCAGUACUACUCCCUCAUCCACGGCGACGCUGUCAUCUCGGACCCCAGAAGCCACCUGUCGCGGUGCCAGGCCCUGCUGAACAGGAUCUCGGCCGUGAGCCCGCAGACCGAGAUCGACGGGCUCCGCAACAUCUGGAUCGUCAAGCCCGCGGCCAAGUCCCGGGGCCGAGACAUCGUGUGCAUGGACCGCGUGGAGGACGUCCUGGAGCUGGUGGCGGCGGACCACCUGCCCGCCAAGGACAACAGGUGGGUGGUGCAGAAGUACAUCGAGACCCCGCUGCUCAUCUACGACACCAAGUUCGACAUCCGGCAGUGGUUCCUGGUCACCGACUGGAACCCCCUGACCAUCUGGUUCUACAAGGAGAGCUACCUGCGGUUCUCCACGCGGCGCUUCUCCCUGGACAACCUGGACGGCGCCGUGCACCUCUGCAACAACUCCGUCCAGAGGCACCUGCCGAACGACAAGGGCCGCAGCCCCCUGCUGCCGCACCACAACAUGUGGACCAGCACCACGUUCCGCGAGUACCUGCAGAAGAAGGGCCGCGGGUCCGUGUGGGGCAGCGUCAUCUACCCGUCCAUGAAGCGGGCCGUCACCCACACCAUGAAGGUGGCGCAGGACCACGUGGAGCCGCGCAAGGGCAGCUUCGAGCUCUACGGCGCCGACUUCGUCCUGGGGCGCGACUUCCGGCCCUGGCUGAUCGAGAUCAACUCCAGCCCCACGAUGCACGCCUCCACGCCGGUCACCGCCCGGCUGUGCGCGCAGGUGCAGGAGGACACCAUCAAGGUGGUCGUGGACCGGAAGGGCGACCGCAACUGCGACAUCGGCAACUUCGAGCUGCUGUGGAGACAGCCUGCGGUGGACCUGCCGCAGGUCCACGGGUCCGACCUCUGCGUGGAGGGCAUCGGCGUUCGGAAAGCCAAGAAGCCGAUGCCGCCCAUUCCCAACCCUCACUUCUUGUCGCCGCUCUUGGACAUUCAGCCGGUGAAAGUGAGGUGCCCUUCGGCCCUGUCGGAGCGGGUGCCCGGACCCCCGCGCACGGCCCUCCCGCAGCCCUGCAGCCUCAGAGACAGAAAGGGCUGCGAAGGGGCCCGCCCGCGCCGCGUCUAGUGCCCCCGGCUGCUGCCG